AAACACACAUUUUGUUAUGUAAACGUGCUUAACUGUAUGCUGAUAGAAGGUCAGUGUUUUAUUAGUCUAUUCUCGUGGUGACGUGGUAACUCAACUCUAACGUGACGUUAGCGCUGAUGUGUAGAAGUAACGCGCUAAUCUGCGAAGCGGCAGCGCCGCCGUGAUUGACUUUGGACUGAAAUCCUACACCGUAUUUUCGUUCUCGCCCGAGCAACGCAGGCGCCCGCGAUCCAAACUUCCGUGGACUCCACAUCCGGUUUUCCGGGGAGCCGGUCCAGAUCCAGCCCUUCCACACGCCGCUCGCUUACGUCCCGUCCGCGAGCUGCGACGGAGAUUUCUGCCUGUGCUCGGCUCCAAUCUUUUCUACAACCGAGCUCGUUCCAACGCUUCACGCGCCUGACGCACGUCGGAGCGCUUCGUUCGGCGCCGUGGUGCCCACACGCCCGCAGAUCCUUCCGUCUUUGCGCCGCGCCUCCGUGGCAAUGGAUUGAUUUCAGUGUUUUUUUCCGACCUCCGUCUCACCCAAGUUGAGAAAACAGUGUGGAACCUGCGGCGCUCUCCUUCCAGCUACAUGUUUCAUCCGGCCACUUCUAAAAGUACCUGGCUGCGGGUGUUUCCACACACUGCGGGACUUUGAACUUUUUUCGUCCUUUCGGGGGUGUCCGUGGAUUGUAAGGGUUUCUUUUUUCCUUUCCUUUCUUUUGGUUCCUGAAGCCUGCAAAGAUUCAUCUGUAAAAGUGAUGGCCGAGCGGGGAGCGCUGUCGCUCCUCUCUCUCCUCUGUCUCACCCUUCUCUACGCGGAGACCACCGCAAAGCACGUCGACAAAGGUUCAGCGGCGCAGCCCUUCAGCCCCUUCUGGUUCACGGUGGAGCCCCAGGACACGCUGGCCGUCCGGGGCAACUCGGCGCUGCUCAACUGCUCCGCCCACAGCGGCGACGCCGCGCCGGCGCGCAUCGAGUGGAAGAAGGACGGCACCUUCAUGAGCCUGGUGUCGGACGAGCGGCGGCGCGUGCUCCCCGACGGCUCGCUCUUCUUCACUCACGUGGUCCAUUCCAAGCACAACAAGCCCGACGAGGGCACCUACCAGUGCGUAGCCACUAUCGACAACCUGGGCUCCAUUUCCAGCCGCACGGCUCGUCUCUCUGUAGCAGGAAUGCCCAGGUUCACCAGCCAGCCAGCACCAACCACUGUGCAUCUAGGGGAUAGUCAAGUGAUGGCAUGUGAGAUCAACUCCGACCUAGUGGCCUUCACCCGGUGGGAGCGGGACCGGCAGCCGCUGGAGCUCAGCAGCAGGGUGUUCCAGCUGCCCAGCGGCGCCCUGGUGCUCAGCAACGCCUCUGAAGCCGACGCUGGCCUCUAUCGCUGUCUGGUGGAAAAUGUGGGUUCAUCCAAGUCCAGCGACGAAGCCCAGCUCCAGACAGUGCCAGAAACCGGAGAAGAAAGGAAGCUGGAGUUUCUGGUGCAGCCCGUCUCUGUGACCAAGGCGUCCGGCACCAACGUGCUGCUGCCCUGCGUGGUCACCGGUCACCCGGCGCCACACGUCCGCUGGAUGUUUGGAGACAAGCUGCUUGAGGAAAGCGAUGGCCGCGUGCAGAUCCUGGGAGGAGGCAGCCUCCAGCUCUUUAAUCUCACAGAGCAGGAUGCUGGCACAUACACCUGCAUGGCAGACGGUCCAAAUGCCACCAUCGAAGCCCAGGCCCAGCUCACAGUACAAGUCCCCCCACAAUUUGUCAAGCGGCCGGCCAACAUCUAUGCCCAUGAGUCCAUGGAUAUCGUCUUCGAGUGUGAGGUUUCAGGGUCACCAGCCCCGACUGUUAAAUGGGUCAAGAAUGGAGACGCUGUUAUCCCCAGUGACUACUUCAAAAUAAUUAAGGAGCACAACCUGCAGGUCCUGGGUCUGGUCAAGUCAGACGAGGGUUUCUACCAGUGCCUUGCGGAAAACGAUGCCGGCAACAUCCAGUCGAAUGCGCAGCUCAUCAUCCUGGAUCACGACGUAGCCCUGCUCUCUCCCCCGCCCCCCUCACUGACUCCUAACACUACUGACCAUGUAACGCCAGGCUCCGGUGGUGUAGCCGGUCCAACAGGACCCACCCCCUCCGCCCCCCGGGACGUAGUGGCUUCGCUGGUUUCCACCCGCUUCAUCAAGGUGACGUGGCGCCAACCGGCCGAACCGCACGGGGACGACUUAACCUACUCUGUUUUCUACAGCCAGGAGGGAACCAGCAGGGAGCGAGUUGUGAACACGAGUCGUCCGGGGGAGAUGCAAGUCACCGUUCAGAACCUGAUGCCAGAUACCAAAUAUCGCUUCAGGGUCGUAGCCCACAACAGCAACGGGCCGGGCGAGAGCUCUGCUGCGCUCAAAGUGGCCACCCAGGCAGAAGUCCAGGUGCCCGGCCCUGCUCCCAACCUGCAGGCGCUGUCCAACACGCCCACCUCCGUCUCCCUGACCUGGGACAAGCCGCUCACCGGCAACGGAGAGAUCCUCACCUACAAACUGUACUACACAGACAAGAGCGUUGGCAACGAGCAGGAUGUCGACAUCGAUGCUCAGUCCUACACGCUGACCGGGCUGAAGAAGAACACGGAGUACAGCUUCCGUGUGGUGGCCAACAACAAGCACGGCCCGGGCGUCUCCACCGAGGACGUGGCCGUGCGCACCCUGUCUGACGUACCCAGCGCUCCUCCUCAGAACCUCACUCUGGAGGUCCAGAACUCCAAGAGCAUACUGCUUCGGUGGCAGCCUCCUCCGCUUAAUGGGCAGAAUGGAGAGAUCACGGGUUACAAGAUCCGAUACCGCAAAGGGUCCCGGAGGAGCGAGGCGGCUGAGACCACCGGAGGCACCCAGCUUAACAAGCUCAUUGAUGCUCUGGAGCGAGGAACCGAGUACUCCUUCAGGGUUUCAGCCACGACGGUGAACGGCACCGGACCGGCCACUGAGUGGGUCACGGCAGAAACAUUCGAGAGUGACCUGGAUGAAUCGCGGGUUCCAGACCAACCCAGCUCGCUCCACGUCCGCCCGCUGGUCAACAGCAUCGUGGUGAGCUGGACGCCGCCAGAGAACCAGGACAUUGUGGUGCGUGGGUACAGCAUCGGCUACGGCAUCGGCAGUCCUCACGCUCAGACCAUCAAAGUGGACCACAAGCAGCGCUACUACACCAUCGAGAGCCUCGAUCCCAGCUCCCACUACGUGAUUACUCUGAAAGCCUUCAAUAACGUGGGCGAGGGGAUUCCUGUGUAUGAAAGUGCCGUCACCAGACCCCAGUCAGACCCCAUAGACCCCGAUGUUGACCUGUACGAACUCUUCCAUCCUCCAUACACCCCAGUUCCAGACCCCACCCCCAUGAUGCCGCCCGUGGGCGUUCAGGCCUCUGUGCUGAGCCACGACACCAUCAAGGUGACCUGGGCCGACAACUCGCUCCCCAAGAACCAAAAGAUCACAGACAACCGCUACUACACGGUGCGAUGGAAGACCAACAUCCCAGCCAACACGAAGGUCAAGAUGGCCAACACCACCAGCCUGAGUCACUUGGUCACAGGCCUGAAGCCCAACACGCUGUACGAGUUCUCCGUCAUGGUGACCAAAGGCCGCCGCAGCAGCACCUGGAGCAUGACGGCACAGGGCACCACGUUUGAGACGAUUCCCAGCUCUUCUCCAAAGGACGUGACUGUGGUGAGCAAGGAGAACAAACCUCGCACCAUCAUUGUCAACUGGCAGCCUCCGUCUGAGGCCAACGGAAAGAUCACUGGCUACAUCAUCUACUACAGCACAGACGUGAACGCUGAGAUCCACGACUGGGUCAUCGAGCCGGUGGUGGGGAACCGUCUGACUCACCAGAUCCAGGAGCUGACGCUGGACACCUCCUACUACUUCAAGAUCCAGGCCCGGAACUCCAAAGGCAUGGGCCCCAUGUCUGACGCCGUGCAUUUCCGCACUCCAAAAACUGAAUCCUCUGACAAAAUGGCUAAUGACCAAGCUUCAAAUCUUCUGCCAAAAGCAGGACCUUCAGGCAACAAUCACCCACCGGACUCUGGGACUUCCGUUGGUAAAUCAGGGGUUGGAAGCAACAGUGAGAAUCACAUCCUGGUGAUUGUCAUCAUCAUUUCGGUGGGAGCCUUCACCAUCAUCGUGGUGGUGGUGGGGGCUUUCCUGUGCACACGCCGCACGACGUCCCACCAGAAGAAGAAGCGGGCCGCCUCGAAGUCCUCCAACGGCUCCCACAAAUACAAAGGGAACUCCAAAGACCUGAAGCCUCCCGAUCUUUGGAUUCACCACGAGAGACUGGAACUCAAACCCAUGGAUAAGUCCCCAGAGCCCAACCCGGUCAUGACAGAAACACCCAUUCCCCGCACAUCACAGGACAUCACGCCGGCUGACAGCGGCCUGGAGAGCAAUCCCCAUCUGCAGCAGAGGCGCAACUCCUACCGUGGCCAUGAGUCAGAGGACAGCAUGUCUACACUAGCAGGCCGACGGGGGAUGAGGCCUAAAAUGAUGAUGCCUUUUGACGCGCAGCCGCCUCAGCCUGUGAUUAGUGCUCACCCCAUCCAUUCCCUUGAUAAUCACCACCACCAUUAUCACAUGGGCAGCCUGGCGUCACCAACACGCAGCUAUCUGUACCACCCGGGCAGCGGUCACCUGCGCCCGCAUGCCUGCACCUCCCCUAUCUCACACCUUGACAGGGUGGACUCUACAGAGUCGGUGAGGAACACCCCCAGUUCAGAGCCUCUCCCUCCGGCCGCCGCCUCCUCUCAGGCCUCCUGCCCCUCGGAGAUCAUGGCCGACCUUGAGGGCAGCUACCACGGCUCCACCACCACCGAGGAGGAGCCCAGCUACUCCAGCAACCUGCCCCCGCACCGCUCGGCCCACCCGCACGCCCACGCCCACCCGCUCAAAAGCUUCGCCGUGCCCGCCAUCCCCACCGGCAGCCAUCCGUCGUACGAGUCGCCGGCCCUGCCCAGCACCCCGCUGCUCGCUCAGACCGGACCCCCCACUCACCCUCAUGUUGUUAAAACAGCCUCCAUUGGGACACUGGGAAGGACACGGACGCCCAUGGUGGUCACUGUGCCCAACGCCCCCGAGGUGCCAGAGACCAGUAAAAUGCUGGAAGAUGUGGACAGCGUGCUUGCCUCCCUCCCACCCUGCCCCUCCCCUGCCCCUCGCAGUAACCCUGUUCCUCUCCCUCAGAGCUACGAGCCCGACGAGCUGACCGAGGAGAUGGCCCACCUGGAGGGCCUGAUGAAGGACCUGAACGCCAUCACCACAGCGCCAUGAGCAUUCACACACCCCCGCGCACAGACACAGCCUCACUAAAGUCAAACAAACGCACCCAAACCUAAACGCUGGGAGCCAGCGGCUGAUGGACGGAACCGGGCUUCUCACGCCCACGAGAACUCUUACGUUCCCCUGCAGAGAAUAAAAAACUCCAGACAGACACUUAGGAACUUUUUUCGGCUUACUUUGCUCAGUCUCAGGAAGGAGAUUGCCAUGAGAGGGAAAACACUGAGACGCUUUUGAUGAAGAACCAUUCUCAGAGACAAUGAACUUUUAAAGAUUGGUCACUUUCAACUGGAAGAUUGUGAAUUUCUCCUCAGCAAAAACACACAACAUUACGUACAUUAGGUUUUUUGUGGCGAACGGUUGAUUCAAUGUUAAGUCAAAAGGAGAAAGUCCAAAAACAUGCUGGUUUUGAUGUUGGUGCACAUGCAGUUUGUUUGAUUAGUGUUUUCUUGCAUUUUGUAAAUCUAACGGGCCGUUUCAGUGACGCGAUACCAACCUCCCUUUACAAACCUACAUGACUCAUAAAUGCUGUUGUUCUUGUUUUAUCACUCUGUGUCAUAUAUUGUGCCAUGACUUUUUAUGUUUUCUAUCUUAUUGUAUUAUUUUUUUACACACAUAUCCUUAUAAAUGUGUACAUAUGUUUUUUUAACUGCCUCAUUCAGCGUUUCCCAUUGCUUCAUUAUUAUUUGGGAUGGAAGUGGGACGACGAACGAGUCCUGAGUCUCCGUUUUCAUGUCGAGGGGAGAGAAGUCUGUGUGUUUGUGCGGCGCGUUCCUCUCUGGCGUCGCGUUGCCCUCUUCAUACGUUCAGAUCUCUCCUUCCCAGUCUUUCGUUUAUCGUGGGAGCUCCGUUGUAAAAGCCUUACCAACGUGUUUGUAUGUGGGACGGCCUCGGCGCCGUCACCUUCUGUAUCCCUCUGUGGGACUUGGCGGUACCUCCUUGCAGGUCAGAGGUGCCCGGACUCAGGGCCACACGCCCCACCCUCCAUUAAGCAAGAAAAAGAGCCAGAAACCUCACAAGUCAAUCAGUCACCUGCGACAUACGAGUUGUCUUUUAUACAAGAAGUUCAGUCGAAUGUGUGCGUGUCAUUUCCAAGAGCCAAUAUUUGGUUUGAACCACGUGUACAUCUCCUCGCUGUUUCUUUCUGCUGUUCUUCAUCGAAUGACACACGCUGGGUAACGUAUGAAAUGCAAAGAUGUUGGCCUUUUGAAUGGGACUCCCAGUUUUUUUUUUACAUGGUAGUUUUUGUAUGAAGAAAAAAAGAAGCUUGUUCUUUAAACAGAUCGGAUGUAAAAAGGAAAAAAGUUCAUCUAAGAAACUAGUUUUUCAUUCAUUACCCUCCUUCCCAAAGAAAUUAGUCAUUUACAAUCAUAGUCAUUUGCUCUACUUUUGUGAAUACCAUGUUUCUCAUCAAUGUACAUCAUCAUGAAUGUCAAUAUAACUGUAAGAGAUUCUAACUAUGGAAACAAACAAGAAACCUGUUUCGGGGGAAAAUGAAGCAAAACAAGCAAAAGAGAAAGGACCGGGCUCCAUUUGGGAAAUAAUCUGUUGAGUUGUAAACAGUUGAAUCUGUAUUGCACUUUUUCACAAUUUUUAAAAAGUACAUUUCUUACAUAUCUUGUGUUUUAAAUAUCAGAAGCUGUUUGUGUAACGUAGUGUCCUAGGUAAGCGGCAGGCAGCUGGUCUUGUUUUUACGUUCAUUUUUUUGCUUCAGAGAUGAUAUGAAUUUGAGCAGCUGAGUUGUUUACUUUGCAGCUGAUGAAGAGGAAUUCUGUUGUUGCUUGUUCGUGUACAGAGCUUCUUUGCUUUCUGUAGAAAACAUCUGUGGCUUUUUAAAAAAAAAAGUUGAAAAAAAUGUUUGGAAAAAAACAUGUUUUUUUAUUGGUGCUCCUAUACAUUGUGUAUAUGAACUAUUAUGAAUACUAACAAAGUAAAAGUU